AUGAGCAGGAUCAACCAGACACGGGUGAGGGAGUUCCUCCUGCAGGGCCUCUCAGCAGCACCACAGCUCCGGGGCCUCUUCUUCGUCCUCUUUCUCUCCCUCUACACCGUGGCCCUCUGCGGCAAUUCCCUCAUCAUGGCAGCCAUCACCUUGAGCUCCAGGCUCCGCACCCCCAUGUACUUCUUCCCCAGCCUGGCUGUGCUGGAUGUCAUCUGGGCAUGCACAGCGAUGCCCACACUGCUGCAGACUCUGGUGGCUGAAGACACAGGCGUCUCCCACGGGGGCUGCAUGGCCCAGAUGUACUUCCUGACGUGGACUGUGGCGGCAGAGCUGCUGCUCUUCACGGCCAUGGCCUGUGACCGCUACGUGGCCAUCUGCCAGCUGCUGCGCUAUGGCCCCACAAAGGGCCCCCAGGUGUGUGUGGCACUUGCUGGAGUCGUGUGGGGCAUCAGCACCCUUGGUGCUGGGGUCAACACCUUCCUGAUGCUACGCUUGAGCUUCUGUGGGCCCAGCGUGAUCGACCACUUCCUCUGUGAGAUCCCCUCUCUGCUGCUCUCCUGUUCCUCCACAUAUAUGAACGACAUCAUGACACUUGUGGCUGACAUCUUCUUUGCUGAUAUUAACUUCCUGCUGACCAUGGUAUCCUACAGCUUCAUCAUUUCUACCAUCCUGAAGAUGCGCACCACUGAGGGAAAACGGCUCUCCUUCUCCACCUGCUCCUCCCACCUCAUUGUGGUCACCAUGUACUACUCCACUGUCAUCUACACCUACCUGGGCCCAGAUUCCAGCUACUCCCCAGGGGCAGGCAAGAUGCUGACAGUGCUUUAUUCCACCGUGAGCCCUGCCCUGAACCCUCUUGUCUACACCCUGAGGAACAAGGACGUCAAGGCUGCCCUCAGGAAAGUCUUCACGGUUUUAGCAGAAAAGCUAUAA